UUUUCAAAACGUUUUAAAAGGAAAUAAAAAGGCAAAACCCUAUCGUCUUCCAAAUCCACUGCACACAAUCACCGAUAAUGGCGGUUUCUUCUGGAAUCUUCUCCGCAUUUCUCUGCAUCGAGCCCCCGCCGUUUCGCAGCUCAUUGUCUCCUCCCUCGUCUCUCCGUCUUGCCCCGAGUCCGGCUAACGUGCGCAUGGCGCGCACGGUGACAUCCGCGACGGCGUCCUCGGAGCCCACCGCCACGAAGAAGCGGGAGCCACGUGGCAUCAUGAAGCCGCGCCCUGUAACUCCGGAGAUGCAGGAAGUCGUCGGCGUGUCGGAAAUCCCUCGCACCCAGGCUCUCAAGCGCAUUUGGGCCUACAUCAAGGAGAACAACCUUCAGGACCCUGCAAACAUGAGGGACAUAAUCUGCGACGAGAAGCUGAAGAAGAUUUUCGAUGGCAGAGAUCGAGUCGGAUUCCUCGAGGUGGCUAAGCUCAUCGGUCCUCACUUUCUCUGAUGAGCCCAUAGAGAAGAUGACAGUAUCUUUCCAAUCAGGGCCAUGAAGAAGUGUGAAGUGAGAGAGGCUGCCUAUAGAUUUGUUGGGGUGAAAUUAGCAGUUUUAGGGUUUCAAAAGUUUGUGUGCAAAGUAAGUAGCAGUAGCCUUCCCAGGAAUUUUUGCUUUUGGCUUUCAAUGGAUAAUAUCUGCUUUGCUUCCCUUUGCAGUUAAUAUAUAUAUAUAUAUAUA